ACUUUAUUGUCCCCGCCACGGCAGACAACGACGAACAACGGUCUGACGUUACUAUCUUUGAAAUGGCGUCGAUGCAGUUAAAUACGAUGUUAUUUGUUGUUGUUUUGUUAGUUUAGGUCGCUUCGUGCUACAAUUUUCUGGUCCAUUGUGAAUUUCUGGACCUGGCCUUUAUAUUUGGGCAUUACAAAGUUGAUAAGCAAAAAUGUGGUGAAGCAAAUUGGUAAUAAUUUACGUUGCAUAAUAAGGCCGCAGCUAACCCCGAGCUUGCGUAGGGAUUACAACGGCUUUUCAAUAGUUGGCCCAGCCGCAGCUACAUUUUGGUUUUCAAGUAAACCUCUGGACAUGUGCAUCAAGUAGAAGAAUCAGAACGUGAAGUGACAGAUUUCACCAGCCUUACCAUUAAUACAUAAAUAAUAAUUCCUUUUGUUGAUUAAUUAGUCUCUCCUCACUCGUUUCCAUUAGAUUUGAAAAUACUUUACAUAAAUAUCUUGCACAAACACACUGAACAUGGCAUCAGUGCCCGUGUAUUGUCUGUGUCGUCUGCCAUAUGAUGUGACACGCUUCAUGAUAGAGUGCGACAUUUGUCAAGACUGGUUUCAUGGAAGCUGUGUUGGAGUAGAGGAAGACAAAGCGGCUGAGAUUGACCUGUACCACUGCCCCAACUGUCAGGUCACUCAUGGGCCUUCUGUUAUGCGCAAACGCCGGGGAGGCAAUAAGCAAGUAGAUGGAGGUGCCACUGGAGGAAGAGACCCAAGUAAGCCUGUUAAGACAGGGAGCGCACAGUUUGUUAGGGAGCUACGGAGCCGAACCUUCCCGAAUGCGGAUGAAAUAUUGCUAAAGCCUUCAGGGGCCCAACUUACAGUUGAGUUUCUGGAGGAGCAUUCAUUCAGUGUACCUGUCAUGGUUCUGCGGCGGGAUGGCCUGGGUAUGACCCUACCUCCAUCAUCAUUUGGCGUCAGUGAUGUGGAGCACUACAUUGGUUCGGAUAAACAGAUUGAUGUAAUUGAUGUUUCACGCCAGUGUGAUCUGAAGAUGCGUUUGGGCGACUUUGUUGAGCACUACAACAGCCCCAACAGAGACAGGGUCCUCAAUGUCAUCAGCCUGGAGUUCUCUGAGACCAGACUGUCAAACCUGGUGGAGACGCCUAAGAUUGUGAGGAAACUUUCCUGGGUGGAAAACCUCUGGCCUGAAGAGUCUGUUUUCGAGCGUCCCAAUGUGCAAAAGUACUGCCUAAUGGGAGUGAAGGAUAGCUACACAGACUUCCAUAUUGACUUUGGAGGCACCUCAGUAUGGUACCAUGUCCUCAGGGGUGAGAAAAUCUUCUAUUUAAUUUCCCCCACCCCUGCCAACCUGGCACUUUUUGAGCGAUGGAGUUCAUCAUCUAACCAGAAUGAGAUGUUCUUUGGGGACCAGGUUGACAUGUGCUAUAAGUGUUCUGUCAAACAGGGAAACACCUUGUUCAUACCAACAGGGUGGAUUCAUGCUGUGCUCACUCCAGUGGACUGCCUGGCUUUUGGAGGAAACUUCUUGCAUAGUCUCAACAUUGACAUGCAGUUGCGGGCAUAUGAAAUAGAGAAGAGACUAAGCACAGCAGACUUGUUCAAAUUUCCCAACUUUGAGACUGUGUGCUGGUAUGUAGGAAAGCACCUUCUCGAUACUUUCAGAGGUUUGAGAGAAAAUCGCAGGCAUCCUGCCACUUACCUGGUUCAUGGGGCGAAGGCCCUAAACAAUGCCUUCCGCAGCUGGACCCGCAAAGAGGCUUUAGCAGAUCAUGAAGUGGAGAUUCCAGAAACCAUCAAUACUCAGGCGCUGGUGAAGGACCUGGCCAAGGAGAUUCGUCUGGUAGAGGAUAUCUUUCAGCAAAACAUUGGCCGCACUGGUCCUCAGUUUCCUGGUUCGCCACUCUCCAAAGCUCCCCUCACCACCUCUCAGAAUUCAGGACGGCCCCCUGGAAAAAAGAAAGGGCCCAAGCCCAAGGAGAUGACAGGGGGUGUUGGGCCCCCAGGAACCAAAAAGAAGAGUCAAAAGGGACUACUUAAAGCAGAAGCAGGAGAACUCGAUCUGAUUGAGAUCCACACCAAACAUACACUCAAGAAAUUUCAACCUGGAAAGUCAAAACACAAGAACAAGUUGGAGUUACCAUUAGAGGAGUUUGAAGGGAAGAUAAAUAAAAGCAAGCUGAAACUUGUGUUGACCAAUGGAAAAAUUCAAGGUAAGAAGGAUGGCAGCAGUAAUGGUGCAGGAAGUGCUAGAAACUACAAACAUCUUGCGACGGAGGGAUCCAGUCUGUCCGACUUGGAAUCUGAGGAUGAGUUGCAGAUUGAUGAGACCCCACCUCCACGACGGAAGACAGCUGGACUGAGUAAGAAGAAGAAGCUGAGUGGUCUUCCUAGAAAGCUGCCCAGAGCCAAACCCUGCUCUGACCCUAAUCGCAUCAGAGAGCCCGGAGAAGUUGACUUUGACAUUGAGGAGGACUACACCACUGAUGAAGAGGCACUGGCUGCUCAUGGAGUGAAGGGUGGUGCAGGGGGCAUUCUGGACUUACUGAAGGCUAGCAAGCAAGUGGCAGGCUUGGACUCUACAGCAAUCGGUGAGGAAGCCCCAGCCUCUCCCAGCACUCGUGAUGCCAUUCAAGGGAUGCUCUCCAUGGCCAACCCCCCUUCGUCAUCCUCCUCCUCAUCCUCUUCAUCUCCUUUGUCUAUAUCUGGAGGCCUGACAGAAGGAUUAGGGGUCGUCAAGGAAAAGGGCGGCAAGGCUGUAUGGGUGACAGGAGGGGUCAAAAAGACAGCAAAUUCUGAGAAGAAACCUGUCAUUCAGCGACCUGGAAAACGUCCAAUUAAACGACCAGCCCGUCACCUUAGUGACGAGGAAAGUCCAGAUGAACAGGAGACUCUGGGAACUUGUUUUAAAGAUUCAGACUAUGUUUACCCAUCCUUGGAAUCUGAUGAGGAGGAUCACACCAACAAGACUAAGAUGAAGCGGAAGAAAAACUGGGAUGACACACCAUGGAGUCCAAAAGCCAGGGUGAUGCCCACCCUUCCCAAACAGGAUCGUCCAGCCAGGGAGGGAGCUAGAGUUGCCUCUGUAGAAACUGGCCUUGCUGCAGCUGCUGCCAAGCUGGCACAACAAGAGCAGCAAAAGCCUGCUAAAAGGAAGUACACGAAAAAGCAGCGUCCCCCUGCUCCUGUCAUCACUCCACCUCCUGUUCAGACCGAGCCAGCCCCACCCUCUCCAACACCUGCCCCAGAGUCUGCAGCAGACGUCAGCCCAGACAGAAGAGUGGAUUAUUACUCUGCUAGUCUGUUGGACCAUGAAUAUACAGCAGGACCAGGACCUUUUGGCUCAGGAGGACCUAGAGGCAGUGGAGCCAUGGCUCCGGGUGUAUUUCUUACAUCAAGAAGACCUUCCCUGUCUCCACAAAAUAGCAGCUCUCACUCCGGUGCAUCCCCUGCAGGUUUAUCCAGUCAGGGCACAACAGGAGUUGGUCAAGGGAAACGUCCAAAGAAAGGACUUGCGACUGCAAAACAGAGACUUGGAAAAAUCCUGAAAAUUCACCGCAAUGGCAAACUUCUCUUGUGAGAGGUGUUGGAAAUGUGGCUGAAGACUUGAAGAAUGAGAAUGAAGAAAAGACCUGAAGUAGGUCUGAAGGAAAAAGAGACAGUAAUCUAUAUUUUUUAUUCCAGAUAAAUUUGUUUACUGUUUUUACUCGUUGCCGAACCUCACAAAAAAAAUUCUUGCCCUACACCAGUUACUCUGCCCAGUUCUGCUCACCCUCAUCUGCAUAAAGGUAUUUUCAGAAGCACAUGUGUGGCUUUAAGUGAAUCACUGUAAUAUGCUGGACAAGCACUUAACGUGGUAAUUAACUGUUAAUUACCACCUAUUUGACGUCACAUUUGAAUUUCAGAAUGUCAGGUGGAUAUUGAUUUAACGUGGUAAUUGACAAAGGCAAAUGGUUUCUUUUGUUUAGGCCAUUUUAGAGGUUGUACAAAACUCAAGUGUGUGCAUAUAAUAUGCGACAUGUAUUAAUUCUUUUUGAGAAAUUUGCCCCUGAUGUUUGUAUAGAAAAUAGAUCUCCAUAUAUUGUAGCUCUACCUAUGACAGCUGACGUGCUAGACUAAUGCCAGGACUUACCACCAUUAUUCUAUUUAUUCUUAUCAUAUUUAUUUAACAGGGCAGAACUUUUGCCAUCUCUUAUCCUGUUUUAAUGUUGUAUGUUUUUACAAUCUCAUCUUCUGGUCCCCACGUCAAGUAUUUUCAACCACUUUAUGCUUGUACAAAAACUGUAGCCAUUGCUUUGUUGUCACUGUAAAUACUUGUAAUAUUUGUAAUUAAUAUAGCUGCUUAAAUGCAGAACAAUUUUAGACUUAAAAACAAACAAACAAAAAAAAAAAUGGUUCCUGCAUGUUGCCGUAAAUUGCGCCCCGGAUGUUAGCAGGACUCUUGGGUCAGAAAUAGAAAUGUGUUUUUGUAUCACAGAAUGUACUAGUCCUAAAGUGUUGGCAGAGAUGUAGAUUUAACUUUGUGAAGGUGCAGGACAUGAGUUGAUAUGUAAAUAUAUGUUGUAAUUUAAAUUCUUUUAUAGUUCAAAAACUUUCAGAUCUUUCGUAACAUGACUUGUACAUUAUACAUUACUGUAUUUGGGAAAUAUCUGAAAUAGUUCUUUUUUAUAUUUGUAUGCAGUAACUCUCAUGCUAAGUCCAUGUUGUCUUGUUAGUGUUAUUGGAAGCGUGCUGGAAAAUGCCCUUGUUAAAUUUCAUCCAUUUAGUUUUAUAUUAAUUAUUGUUGAUUUUCACUCUUGUGUUGGUGUGAACUGUGCAUUUUAAACAUGAUGUGUUUUAAAUACGACCUGGAAAUGAUAAAAUAUACCUUGGGCAAAAUUUCUUUUUUUCUUUGAGUUUAUUUGAUGAUUGCUGAAUCACCAAAAGCACUACCGGUGGGUCUUCUGAUUUCUCAUGUCUGCUGGAGAACCAAGGUGUCAGUGCAUUCAUGAAGGUGUCAUUUAGGAACGUUUUUGAAUACACAAACAAGGAAUGUUGUGUUGUAUUAAAAACAUCUACACUUAAUGAUUUUUUUCCAAUAAAAGUACAGUUUCAUUAAUUGUAGAGAUUAGCAACCUACUUGGGUAUUUUUAAUAAAGGGUGUAAACAUAUUUUCUCAUGGUUUUUUUGAUCUAUGAAUUACUGUACUAUUAUUAUUUUAACAUCUUAACAUCCCACAGUUUAAUUUUAGGGUUGAAUACAUUUGUUAAUACAAUGUCCAGUCUUUUUUCCACAAAUGUCAGUAAGUUUGAAUGCACUUUGAUAUUAAACUAUAUUUUUCAGAAA